AUGGUGGUGCUUAGAGAAUCUGGAGGUUGUCAACCCAUAUAUAAAGAUGCUGAUGAGGUUGUCACAUUUAAGUUUUUCCAUGGAGGUAAACUAGUGAAAAAUAGAAAGGACAGUCAGUGGUCUUAUUUAGGUGGUGAAGUCAGUUGGUUUGAUUACUGUGAGGUUGACUAUAUGUCCAUGUUAGAGCUAUUUGGAAUGGCUAAAGAUUUGGGAUAUGGCGAUGGGUAUGAUGUGAGUUUUUAUGGUGAAGAGUUUGGAACUAGCAGACUCAUUCAAAUAAUAUCUGAUAGUACACUUUUAGCUUGUAUGAGCAUGGUACCUAAAAGCAAUAGCAGGGUUGUAGUUUUGUACUUGAAGGUAGUGAGCUUAACUUCAAGCCAAGUGGGGAAUGAUAGCAGUGAUAAAGAAUAUUCUUGUUCUGAGAAUGAUGAUAGCAGUGAUCCAGACUUUGAAGACAGUGACUAUGCACAGAAGCAAAAUGAUGAGUCAGACAAUGGAGAAGAGUCACCUACACUUACCUGCCCAAAUAGUUCACAAAGUGAAGAUGAUGCAGUGGGUGAAGUAAGAAGGAAGAAGAAUAGGAUGCCAAAAGGUGAAGAUUUCAGACCUGAAAUUGAUAUGGGAAGCCCAAGUUUCAAAAUAGGUUUAAGGUUUGCAACUGCCGAGUUGUUUAGAAAAGCUGUGAGGAUAUACUCCAUUAAUUGUGGAAGGGAGUUGAUUUUUAUGCAUAAUGACCGUAACAAAAUAAGAGCAGUAUGUGAAGAGGGCUGUCCUUUUGUUAUCUAUGCUUCAAGUGUUAGUGGUAGCACUUACCUGCAGGUGAAAACCUUUAAUCCUACACAUGUUUGUAGCAAGGGGACUAAAAAUAUACAUGCUACUGCUGGCUGGUUGGCUGAAAGAUAUUCUGGGCAGUUAAGGCUCAAUCCAAAUUGGACUGCUUCUUCUUUUGUAGAGCAAGUUCACCAAGACUAUGGUUACAGACCAUCUAGAGCAACUGUGUACAGAGCAAGAGCCAUGGCAGUUGACAUUGUAGAGGGGUCUUACAGCAAACAAUAUGAAGUAUUGUGGGAAUAUUGUCAUGAGUUAAGAACCAGGAAUGUGGGAAGUACAGUUAUCAUUAAAUCUGAAAUGGAAGGUGAUAGGCCACGGUUUCAAAGAAUUUACAUCUGUCUUGCAGCCUGCAAGAAGGGGUUUUUAGAUGGUUGUAGGCCUGUGGUUUGCUUGGAUGGGUGUCAUGUCAAAGGGCCUCACCCUGGGCAAGUGCUUUCUGCAAUGGGAGUUGAUGCAAACAACGGAAUGUUUCCACUUGCCUAUGCAUAUGUAGAGAUUGAGAGCAAUUCAACAUGGCUGUGGUUUUUAGAAUUAUUGAGUGGUGAUCUCAAUAUUACGAAUAGCCAUGGUUAUGUAUUUAUGACUGACAAACAAAAAGGGUUAAUAGAUGCUGUGAAUGCUCUAUUCCCUCAGGCAGAGCAUAGACAUUGUUUGAAACAUCUAUAUGGGAACUUCUAUUUGGAACAUAGAGGUCUUGCCUUGAAACAUCAAAUGGAAGCAAUUGCUAGAGCCACAACAGUGCCAUGGUUUCAUGCAGAGAUGACAAAGAUGUUGCAGUUGUCUAAACCUGCACAUGAUUGGCUCAUGGAGAAAGAUCCUAGGCAUUGGAGUAGGGCAUAUUUCAAGACUGAUUCCAAGUGUGACAUGCUUAUGAACAAUCUAUGUGAGGCAUUCAACCGUAGCAUACUAGAUGCCCGAGACAAGCCUAUUCUGACUAUGCUAGAAAGAAUUCGGUUGUAUAUAAUGUUGUUGAUGGCGGGAAGAAGGGUUCUCUGUGAGAAAUGGCAUGGACAAGUUGGGCCAAGAAUUAGAAAGAUAUUAGAGAAAAACAAAGCAAAAGCUCAGUGGUGCAUUCCUAAGGCUGCUGGACAGAAUCAGUUUGAAGUAAUGCACCAUAGUGGCCGCACCUUUGCUGUUGAUUUGAAUGGCCACUCUUGUUCAUGCCAUGCUUGGGAUUUGAAUGGAAUACCAUGUUUGCAUGCAUGUGCUGCAAUAAGUUGGUUUCAUGGGAAUCCAGAGGACUUUUGUGAUGCAGUGUACAAGAAAGAGGCUUAUUUGAGAGCCUAUCAACCAAUGAUUAUGCCUAUGACUAGCCAAGAUCAGUGGAUGAAGGUUAAUUUACCUCCAUUACUCCCUCCGAAAUACCACAAGCAGCCUGGUAGGCCUAAGAAGACAAGAAAACAAGCUGUUGAAGAACCUAAACUUCCUUCUAAUCCAUAUAAGCUUCCUAGGUAUGGUUUACCUUUAAAGUGUGCCAAUUGCGGUGGAGAAGGGCAUAAUCGAAGUGGUUGUAAGGAACCUAGAAAUCCCAACAUAAAGCCUACUAGGAAGAGGAACAUUGCCAAGGACAAACUUGCAGUAAGAAGGAGAGAUGGUGGAGACCAAAGUGGCGGACAACAGAGUAUGCAAUUAAGGCAAAGGAAACAGUCAAGCACUUCCCAAGGGCCUUCUCAAUCCCAGGCAUCUCAAGUAGCUGCUGCUUCUCUAUCCCAACCAUCUGAAGCAGCUGAUGCUUUUCAAUCCCAGCCAUCUCAAACACCUGAACCUGCCAAAUUAUCUCGAGUACAACAACGUCGGAAGAGGAUGAAAGAUCAACAGAGGAGCCAUUUUGUCAAAGAUCCUUUUUUUCAUCCUUGA